CAUCAGCGCGUACUAAGCGGACAUGAGUUCCGCACCUCGGCGCUGGGCGUCGGGAGUUGUGCGGUUCAUCCGCACGGUUCUGUGCGAGAUCCGUUUACCGGCGCUGACUGGAUCCGCCGCCCGUCCAUGCGCGCUGCCGUAGCGGCGCUGCUUCCGUGUGUCAUCGCGGUGCUCGUGCACUGGUGGUGCUGGUCGGACAGAACGGCUCUGCUGCUGGGUUUCGGGUCUGCAGAUGACCAGAAGGCUGUGCAUGAAGUCUUGGUUGGAGUUUUAUCAGCACGACAUCACUAUGACCACAGACAGGCCAUACGAGAAACAUGGCUGGGAUAUCUUAAAACUCAUCCUCUGUUCCAGAACCGGGUGAUGGUGAAGUUCAUCAUUGGUAAAUAUGGCUGUGCUGUUCCUGAGGAAGAUCGUGAAGAUCCGUAUUCCUGCACGCUGCUGAAUCUCACGCAGAAGGAAUCUGGACAGGAGAUGGACAUAUUGAGCGUGGCUGACACCUCUUGGUUGGAGCCGUCUGAUGUUUCUGCGCUCAGUCUGGAUUUUAAAGUUCUUCACGCUGUGGUCAUCACCCAGCUUGGUGUGUUUGUCAAUGGUCCACAGCAGGACUUCAGAGGCAACGUGACUGUACACUUAUUUCAGGUGGACCAGGAGGAGGAGAUCGUGACCGCUCGCUUUAGCACCGUCAGUCCAGGCACUCGUGUGGGUGCCAUCUUCUAUAAACCUGUGGAGCAGUUCAUUCUACCCAAGGGUUUUGAGGGAACUCUUCUCUGGCAGUGUCACGACCCAUCAGGCCUGAUGUCUAUCAACGCAUCAACCAUACGUCUCAAUAACGGUGGAGGAGUUCUCAAGUUUGGAUCUAUAGAAGUGGGUACACUGCCUCACAGGACUGCUCUGGGCUUCCCGGGUUUAGCUGGAGGAUUUACUUUUUCAGUAUACGAUGUGGAUGCGUUGUCUGAGCUCUUACGAGGGCGAUCGGGACGGCAGCAGAUCCGUUUGGCUGAACUCAGAGAUGAAGAUCAGGCACUGCAUCAGGAGAGCAUCACACAUGGUGAUAUGGUGUUUGUGGAUGUCGUGGACACAUACAGGAAUGUGCCAGUUAAACUGCUAAAGUUUUACAAAUGGGCGGUGGGAAACGCUGCCUUCAGACUGCUGCUGAAGACGGAUGAUGAUUGUUAUAUCGAUGUAGACGCCGUCCUGUUGAAGACCGACCACAGCAGACUAAAGCAAAGUCACCUGUGGUGGGGAAAUUUCAGACAGAAUUGGGCUGUUGACCGUGUGGGUAAAUGGCAGGAACUGGAGUACUCGAGUCCUGCUUACCCAGCGUUUGCCUGUGGAUCUGGAUAUGUGGUCUCCAGGGAUCUGGUGGAGUGGCUGGCCAGCAACGCUGAACAUCUGAAGGCUUACCAGGGAGAAGAUGUGAGUAUGGGCAUUUGGAUGUCUGCUGUUGGGCCCAGCAAAUAUCAGGACUCGGGUUGGUUAUGUGAGAAGGAUUGUUAUGUUGAUAUGCUAUCAUCUCCACAACACUCCGCUCAAGAGUUGCAUUCCCUUUGGGAGAGAAAGAAAAGGUGCGGGGAUCCCUGCGGUUGUGCCCAAUGAUUGGACACGAGAUGCCCAUCUUACUGCUGCUGCUCUGGACAAAUGUCGAUGUGCAUGUUUCACCUGUUAGAUGUGUGAAUGACUGAUGACUUUUUGUUUUCAAAUUCUGGUUUGAUGAGCCCUAGGAUAUUUACACACUUCAAAUCUCCUUCAUUGUUCCUGUUCACAUUUUGACUUUGAAGAUCCACUAUAAGAUUUCAAACAAAACAGCGUUUGUAAAAUGACAAAGCAGCAGCUUUUCUCUUCAUCUCUUUUUCUCUCUGUGCCCGUGUGCUUUUUAUUUGCUGAAAGUGUCAACACUGUCACACCAAACCUUUCAUUAUUAUUUCAUUACAACAGUAAAUUAAUAUAUUGUAACAGA